AAUUUUUCAUAACUUUGGAUUUACAUUGCCAUUGCAGUUAGUCUCGACGAUCACGCCGUUAGAACUUGGUUAGAACUCGUGUUGGGAAAACAAAGAACAGCAACGACGACGAACGUCUUAUUUCGAAGUGCCAUGGAAGGAGCAGAGGACGAUUGAUCAAGCUGACCUCAAACCAAAGGAGCAUCGGUGGAAGAGAGUGACAGAAUGAUUUUGAAUAAUCUCAUUCGAAGUCCAAAGGCUGUGAAAAAGCUGAAGCUGACCACAUUUCAGCAUGCCAAUCAAUCAAACCAAAGCACAGAUCCUUCCACAACAGCAAAUGUGGAAUCCACAUUUGCUAUUCCUCAGCCUUCUGAGCAGCCUCCAAAGAAAGUCAAGUCUAAUAUUAAUUCCACAUUGCAUUCCAAAUCAGUUGAAAAUGCUACUCGAAUUAAUCCCUGUGGCAUUCAGAUGCUGCCUAGUAACAUCUUGCAUCAUUUAUUUGGAAACCUAGGACCAUCAUACUCUGACAAGGAUGUGAAAAUUUCUUUAAAAGCGCUGAAAAAAUAUGGACUGAAUGUAGACAGUGUUGGCACUGCCCCAGAAGUAGAUCUCAAACUUCCUCCGUUGGAAGGGUCCAAUGUGGAGGAGCACUUCAUGGCUAUUGGAAGACAGCAGAGUGAGCCAUAUCGUCUACUUCUGGAAAGUAUGACAGCACCUCUUGUUGAGAAACCAUCGGUGUGGGAGCUGCAGGCUGGCUGGACCAAGUACAUCCCAGGACAGCCACCGCAGAAAGUGAAUUUUCCUGAAGAAGAUGCUAUUGUUUUUGAUAUUGAAGUGUGUCAAAGUGCCGGACAGUUGCCUACUUUGGCAGUUGCUGCUAGUUCCAAAGCAUGGUAUGGAUGGGUUUCUUCUAGUCUCACAGAUGGUACUAUUUCAGCCUCAAUGAAAGAAAAAUAUUCCACUGAACAUCUCAUUCCUCUUGAAAGUGGUCCAAAUCAAAAAAAUUCAACUUCAAAAGUCAAAAGACCCAGAGUGGCUGUAGGGCAUAAUGUUAUGUAUGAUAGAGCUCGUAUAAAGGAGCAGUAUUGGCUUGAGCCCACAGGAAUGCGUUUUGUGGAUACUAUGUCUCUGCACAUCUGUGUUAGUGGUGUGACUAGUUACCAGAAAUCACUGUUAUCUAGAGCCAAAAAGGCAAAGAAUGAAGACACGGAAUUAAGUGUUGGAAAUGAAGAAAGCUCGUCAGAUGCAGAAGAUCUUGCUGCACUUCAAGAGAAUACAUCUUUGAAUGGGUUGGCAGAGGUGCUUAAGCUGUAUUGUGGCAAGGAACUAGAUAAGGCUGGAAGAGAUGUUUUCAUUGAUGGAACCUUGAGUGAUGUUCGACGUCACUUCCAAUCAAGUAUGUCUUAUUGUGCGUCUGAUGUUGCUGCGACCCAGGAAAUAUUGAAAGCCCUCUUUCCACUAUUUUUAAAACGGUUUCCUCAUCCUGUAACUUUGGCUGGAAUGCUAGAAAUUUCCAUGGCAUAUCUUCCUGUCAACCGAAAUUGGAUCCAGUAUUUAGAAAACUCUGAACAAACAUACCAGGACUUGGGUGUAGAAGCUAGAUUUCAACUUGCAAGGAGAGCUGAUGAAGCCUGCAGCCUGAUGCAUGAUGAGAAGUAUAGGAAAGAUCUUUGGAUGUGGGACCAAGAUUGGAGUACACAAAAACUAAAACUCACGAAGCGAAAAGCGAGGUUGAAAGAACCCGAUCAGACAGAAGAAACUGUGGCCAAUGAAGAGACUGAUGAAGAUAUGAUUGCAGAGCCUCAUGUGAUUCUUAACGAGUUAAACAAAAGAGAUAAAGAAUUUGAAGAAGAGAUUGUUGCUAGUCCAGAAGUCCAGACCAUUAUUGACUCAGGAUUUCAGCUUCCCCUGAAGCCUCCUCAUUUACCUGGAUACCCAACGUGGUAUCGAAAACUUUGUGUGCCUCCAAAGCAGGAAGACUGGUCUCCAGGUCCCCAGCUUAUAACAACAAAGAUGCAAGUCUCUCCAAAACUUCUUCACCUCACUUGGGAAAAAUAUCCCGUUCAUUAUAUUCGAGGAGAGGGAUGGGGAAGUCUGAGACCUCUGGAUAUGGAUGAGUUACCCCCUAUAGAUGAGGCCAAUGAACUGCCUAUCAAGGAGCUUAUUGAUUAUUGGAAGUCCAUCCCAGAAGAGGAUAGAAAAUGUGGUGGCGAUGUGGAAGUUUGCCCUGGUGUUGUCCUUGCAAGGUUGCCUCAUAAAAAUGGAGUAGGACUUCGAGUUGGUGAUCCUUUAGGGCGUGAUUUUAUAGUAAAGUUCUCUGAAAAUAUUCUUUCAGGUGAUUCUGUUGCUGAAAGAAUGAUGGAUAUAGCUAAGAAACUUUCUUAUUGGAGAAACAACAGAGAUCGGAUUAUGAAGCAGAUGGUUGUCUGGUUGACUGCUAAAGAUUUACCAUCAGAUCUGGAAGAUUUUCCUGCUGGUGCUAUUCUACCUCAGCUGAUUAUCUGUGGUACUCUCACUAGAAGAGCUGUUGAAAGAACCUGGAUGACUGCCUCCAACAUUUCCAAGGAACGAAUUGGAUCUGAACUCCGAGCUAUGAUUCAAGCACCACGUGGCUACAGCAUUGUUGGCGCCGAUGUGGAUUCCCAGGAACUGUGGAUUGCAUCUUUAAUCGGUGAUGCCUAUGCCUCUAAAAUACAUGGCGGUACUCCAUUCGGCUGGAUGACCAUCAGUGGUCGCAAGUCUGAUGGAACAGACAUGCAUAGUGUGACUGCCAAAGCAGUUGGUAUCUCUCGAGACCAUGCCAAAGUUAUCAAUUAUGCUAGAAUUUAUGGAGCUGGUGUACCCUUUGCUGAACAACUGCUAAAACAAUUCAAUCCAUCCAUGUCAGUUGAUGAAGCAAAAUCCAAAGCACAAAAAAUGUUCCGCAUGACAAAAGGAAGAAGAGUGUAUGUGCCUAAUGCCAAACAUAGUGGUAUGGUUCCAGCUGGUCCGUACUCACCAUAUGAUGCAUCCACCAUGGCUGCUGGUCAGUUUGGAGCAAAAAGAUCUGAUAUAUUUAAGCUAGCAUGGAGUGGGGGAACAGAAUCUGCUGUUUUCAAUCGCUUGGAAGAAAUUGCGCAUAGCAGGACCCCUGAAACUCCAUUCCUUGGAGGAAGAUUGAGCCGUGCUCUUGAGAGUCAGCAAGAUAAAAAUCUGCCCACUCGCAUCAACUGGGUUGUGCAAAGUGGUGCUGUGGACUUUUUGCAUUUGCUCCUUACUGCGUUCAAGUGGCUAGAACCUGAUGCCAGAUUCUGUCUCAGCUUUCAUGACGAAGUGCGGUAUCUUGUUCCGGAUGACAGGGCUCAUCAUGCUGCUUUGGCUCUCCAUGUCGCCCAUUUGCUCACCAGAGCAUUUUGUGUUUCCCGUUUAGGCCUGACGGACCUGCCAUUGUCAGUGGCCUUUUUUACAUCAGUGGAAGUCGACAAAACUCUUCGUAAGGAGGCCCAUGAUAACUGCCAAACCCCAUCCAACCCUCAUGGACUUCUGAAGGGGUAUGGCAUCCAGCCUGGAGAGAACUUAGACAUUUACAAAUCCAUUGAGAAGGCUGGAGGACCAGCUGCCCUUCUAUCAAACCAAAAGAGGAGAGAUGUCUGCAGCAACAAAACGUAAACACGUGAUGCGUGAUGUGCUGUUUGAAGAGUUGGAGCCUCCAAAGGAAAAUCAAGAGAUUGUCAAAAUUCGAGCAAGCGUGGGAAAUAACCUUCAUGAAGUAGAGACUUCUGCUGGAGAAACUUAUCUUAUAUCAAUGC